AGAACUGUAGGCUUGACCACCCCGCCUGAUGGUCGCAGAGUCCGAAUGUCCCUUUGGGCAGCCUUUACAGCUGCCUUCCAAGGAACCUUUAUGGCCUAUCCGUGAGGACCAGAAGCCCGAGGUGGUCCACUCCGUGAAGGAGUUCUUGGAGGUCUUGCAGAUGCAAACGCAUGUGGAUCGAGUCGUGGCCAGGGGUCCCGCAGGAGUGGCGCCCGCGCCGCGCUUCCGCGCGCGGCUUUGGCACUACAGUCAGCGUGGCCGCGAGAAAGAGAUUAAGGUGAAAAAGGACUCCAAGGACGACCCCAAGGACCCUCGCCGGUCCGACGGGACGCCGGCGGCCAAAAGAGACACGGACGCCACGGAGAAGAAAAGCCUCGCAGCACUGGCGCGGCAGCUUCAAGAGCUGGAGGGCAAAGCCAAAGUCACAUCGGAUGCUGCGCUGUACAUCUCGGAGCUUCGUUGGCAGAGGAAGGUGAGACAUCCACUGAACAAACAGGAGCGCGUGAAAACUGCCACGAACUGCGACGUCUACGACGUGGCUCCCUUCGCCAGGCAUAUGCCAUUGUGGGAGCGCUCGGAGGGAGGCAUUUUCGUGGGUGAACGAGGAGCUGGAUCAGGGCUCCACGUUGACCAAUGCCUUUGGUCCAAUGUGGGUCGCAAUUGGUGUGGCUUCAAGCUCUUUGCCAUUUGGCCCUGGCAUGAAAGGCAUUCGAUCCUGGAUGAGGCAGGCAAAGGUGCCAUUUUUUGCCCUCCGCUGACGUCAGAAGAGGAAGGCUUCUUGAGUCGAGCCAAGACAGUCGCACUAGUGGGACCCGGAGAUGUCUGGGUGUUCUCAGGUGGUCAGCCUCACACGGCCAUGUGCGUGGGAGAUGGGAUCAACCUGUGCGCCUAUGAGUCCUUUGUUCCAGCAAAUGAAGAGGCAGUGAGCCUGCUGGUGCAGUCGAACACCAAGGAAUCUCACUGGCGGAACUGUUGGAUGGACGAUGAUGACUUAGAUGAACUCUACGAGGAUGUGGUUGAUUCGUUGCAAAAAGCGCUGGCAUGCUCCUCCUUGAACUCUCGACUGCGCGGUCGCUUGGAAGGCUGUCGCCGAGCCAUGCGAGAGAGCAAGGAUAGCUAUUGCAAAGAGCUUUGGGAACAGGAGGAUCGCGGCCAGCGCCGGCGUCGGAGGGAGGAGGAGUACGAGGAGAGUUCCAGUGACCUGGAGAUCCAGCAAGGCUCCAAGAAGCCUCGGGUCGACGGCAAGUCUUCUUCACCGGGAUCCGUCUGACGCGCUUGUGCUUGUGUCCCCGCUUGGGGGAAAUGCGCUGGGACCCAUGUUCCCUGUGCCGGUUUUGCAGCUCCACUGCCCCC